ACCGGAGAGAAACCUACAUUUUGUUUUCCUCUAUACAGUCUGGAAGAAGAACUGACAGUACCUUUAGGAGUUUCUUUUCAACUAAAUACACGUUUGGGGCUCGGGAACAUCAAUACUUCGUUUAGUUCCAGAUAUUUGUUCUACUCAUGUGAGACACGUUACCUGUUUAUUUGACCUUUGUUUCUUUUCCUCAUUUAUUUUCUGCAUUCCUUUCAUCCCCGGUAACGGCGGAUGCCCCCCUUCUUCUCACGUGAGUGUGCGACGGUUCCCCGGUCAGAAAUAUCAAGGAGUUGUUGAGAAUUACAGCGGUCUGUAGACAGCAACAGUUUUCACAUGACAAGAGACUGACGCUGACAGAGUUGCGUUUAAGACUUGUUGCUCUUCGGCAUUUAACGGGUCGCCAUGAACUUUUUGCCGUUAUCAUCUUCUCAUCAUUCAUUACGGUUUACUUUCUCGAGAUCAUGAGAUUCAUUCAAUAUGUCAUGCUGCUCUUAGUGUUUUGUUGUUUCUCUUUGUUAAACUAUAGGCUCUACUAUUCUCAUUUACUCAUACCCAAAUUGUCCCUUGUGUGGUAAGUAUAUAUGAAAUAUAAAUUAAUAUAUGAUAUAUCAAAUAUAUCAAACAAAUAUAUAAAAUAUAUAUUUUAACCUUUAUCUUAAUAGUAGGAAACACAUUUUACAGCUGAAAGUGGAAUUGUAGCAUACAGAAGCUCACAUACAAAUAAAUGAGAAACUAAACAACUGGGUUAAAAUGCUAAAUAGAAGGUAGGCCUGCUGGUGUACAAAAAAAAUCAACAACAAGCUGCACAAGAACUCACUGUAAUGGUCCAGGUUACAAAGUGGCUCAGUGACUCACUACUGUAAUGGUCCAGGUUACAAAGUGGCUCAGUGACUCACUACUGUAAUGGUCCAGGUUACAAAGUGGCUCAGUGACUCACUACUGUAAUGGUCCAGGUUACAUAGUGACUCAGUGACUCACUACUGUAAUGGUCCAGGUUACAUAGUGACUCAGUGACUCACUACUGUAAUGGUCCAGGUUACAUAGUGACUCAGUGACUCACUACUGUAAUGGUCCAGGUUACAUAGUGACUCAGUGACUCACUACUGUAAUGGUCCAGGUUACAAAGUGGCUCAGUGACUCACUACUGUAAUGGUCCAGGUUACAAAGUGGCUCAGUGACUCACUACUGUAAUGGUCCAGGUUACAAAGUGGCUCAGUGACUCACUACUGUAAUGGUCCAGGUUACAAAGUGGCUCAGUGACUCACUACUGUAAUGGUCCAGGUUACAAAGUGGCUCAGUGACUCACUACUGUAAUGGUCCAGGUUACAAAGUGGCUCAGUGACUCACUACUGUAAUGGUCCAGGUUACAAAGUGGCUCAGUGACUCACUACUGUAAUGGUCCAGGUUACAAAGUGACUCAGUGACUCACUACUGUAAUGGUCCAGGUUACAAAGUGGCUCAGUGACUCACUACUGUAAUGGUCCAGGUUACAAAGUGACUCAGUGACUCACUACUGUAAUGGUCCAGGUUACAUAGUGACUCAGUGACUCACUACUGUAAUGGUCCAGGUUACAUAGUGGCUCAGUGACUCACUACUGUAAUGGUCCAGGUUACAUAGUGACUCAGUGACUCACUACUGUAAUGGUCCAGGUUACAAAGUGGCUCAGUGACUCGUGUUUGCAUCUCAAUUUGAAAAAAACUGUUUGCAUGUUCUUCACAAAGAGGGCAACAGAUGCUACUGAGCCAGAUGUCUAUGUGUCAGGGGAGAAGCUCCAGGUGGUAUCCGAUUUUAAGUACCUUGGCAUCAUACUUGAUUCCAACCUCUCUUUUAAAAAGCAUGUGAAAAAGGUAAUUCAAAUAACCAAAUUCAACCUAGCUAAUUUCCGAUUUAUACGAAAUUGUUUGACCACAGAGGUAGCAAAACUGUACUUCAAAUCUAUGAUACUCCCCCACUUAACAUACUGCUUGACUAGUUGGGCCCAAGCUUGCUGUACAACAUUAAAACCUAUUCAGUCUGUCUACAAACAGGCUCUCAAAGUGCUUGAGUGCCCUCAGUCUGGGUAGGACAGCAGAGCAUUGGGCUGUUGUACUACCUGUCAGUCUGGGUAGGACAACAGAGCAUUGGGCUGUUGUGCUACCUGUCAGUCUGGGUAGGACAGCAGAGCAUUGGGCUGUUGUACUACCUGUCAGUCUGGGUAGGACAGCAGAGCAUUGGGCUGUUGUACUACCUGUCAGUCUGGGUAGGACAGCAGAGCAUUGGGCUGUUGUACUACCUGUCAGUCUGGGUAGGACAGCAGAGCAUUGGGCUGUUGUACUACCUGUCAGUCUGGGUAGGACAGCAGAGCAUUGGGCUGUUGUACUACCUGUCAGUCUGGGUAGGACAGCAGAGCAUUGGGCUGUUGUACUACCUGUCAGUCUGGGUAGGACCGCAGAGCAUUGGGCUGUUGUAGGAGGAUCUGGGGUUAAAGUAGAAGUUUGUGGCUGGAUCUUGUGGAUCUGCCACUGACAGGCAUUCUGCGUGUGUGUGUGUGUGUGUGACAUAGGCAUUCUGCGUGUGUGUGUGUGACAUAGGCAUUCUGCGUGUGUGUGACAUAGGCAUUCUGCGUGUGUGUGUGUGACAGGCAUUCUGUGUGUGACAGGCAUUCUGUGUGUGACAUAGCAUUCUGUGUGUGUGUGUGUGUGACAUAGGCAUUCUGUGUGUGUGUGUGACAUAGGCAUUCUGUGUGUGUGUGUGACAUAGGCAUUCUGUGUGUGACAUAGGCAUUCUGUGUGUGACAGGCAUUCUGUGUGUGUUGUACUGUUCUGUUGUAGGUACCAUUGAUUUAACCUUUUAUCAUCCUAAGUGGAAGAGGACACGCUCUCCCCACGAUGACCAAUGAGACCCCAGUUGACCCCUACAUCUUCACCACUGACCUCCUGCCUCUUGACCCUCGCUUCCUUCCUCCGCUGGCCAAUGGGCUGCUGGGUUGGAGGGUGUACGGUGACAUCAUGCACAUGGGCGGAGUCUAUAACGGCGAGGGCGGGGACUGUCACCGUGCCAAUCUCCCCUGUCCUCUGGCUGUGAGGAUGGAUAUAGAUGAGGUGGAAAAGGCAGGGCAUCUGCAACACUCCUACAGUCUAGACACACACACAGGUAUAUUCACCCACUCUCUGAGGACAGUUAGUGUUAUUGCCUCCCAGUCUCUCUACACCCAUCGACACCAUCCCAACCUCUUGGUCAUGGAGGUCCUGCUGAUUCGUCAGGGCACCUCCCGGGAGCCAAUCACAAUCAAGCUGGACAGUAGGUUCACGCCUCAAAGCGAUGACAUAGUGUUCCAUUCCGAACCGGACUACAAAGGAGCCAGUUACAUCCAGGGCCAGACCACUACGGCUGAGGUCUCUGGUGGCGUCUGUCCCAGCGUCCACAUCAUCUGGACCCCCAUCACCCCUUCCCUUACCCUGCUGCCCGACCAGGCCCAGUCCCGCUGGGGGUUCGUGGUGGCGGUGGCGGGCAGUCAGGACAGCGUACAGGCUCACUACGACACAGCUCUGGAGCUGAUGGCCAAUGGGAACCUUCGUCCCUCGCACCUCCGGGCGUGGGAGGAGCUGUGGGCGGGCAGCACCCUGGAGCUGACUGGUCCAGACGACCUGAGCAGGGCUCUGAUUGGCUGCAUGUUCUACCUGCUCAGUGCCUUCCCUUCGUUGCACGAGGCGCCCGGUCAUUUCGGCGGCGUCAGUCCUGGAGGACUGUCUAACGGGGGCUCAGGGCAAGACUACUGGGGACACGUGUUCUGGGACCAGGACACUUGGAUGUACCCCAGUAUUGGUCUCUUCUACCCUCAGUUAGCACGGGCCGUGCUUGAGUACCGGGUGAGGACAGUAGAUGGCGCUAAGGACAAUGCUGAGAAGCAAGGCUACAAGGGACUAAAGUUCCCGUGGGAAAGUGCUGUGUCAGGGAGGGAGGUGUGUCCUGAAAAGAUAUACGGACAACAAGAGAUCCACAUCAACGGAGAUGUUACUCUGGCCUUCCAGCACUACCUCUACCUCACACAGGACAUGUCUAUGUUCACAGAGGGGCGUGGCAGCGAAGUGAUUUGGGGCGUGGCUGAUUACUGGGUUUCCAGGGUAACCUGGAGCGCUGAAGAACAGAACUACCACAUCUUAGGUGUCAUGCCCCCCGAUGAGUAUUACUACAACGUCAACAACUCGGUGUACACAAACACUGUGGCCAAGUUCAGUCUGGAGUUCGCUGUGGAGUUGGCUGCCCUGCUGAAGUACCCUGCUCCUCGGGAAUGGCAGCAGGUAGCAGACAAGAUCAAAAUCCCUUUCGAUCAGAAGCAGAAAUAUCAUCCUGAAUUUGACGGCUACAAAAAAGGACAAUUUGUGAAGCAGGCUGACACAGUCAUGCUAGGCUAUCCCCUGGGUCUACCUAUGACCCCUGAGGUCAGGAGAAAUGACCUGGAGUUCUACGAGGCUGUCACAGACCCUGGUGGUCCAGCUAUGACAUGGGGUAUGUUUGCAGUGGGCUGGCUGGAGCUGGGGGAGGUGGAGAAGGCUGGACAUCUACUCCAGAAGUGUUUCAAAAAUAUCCAGGGACCAUUCCAGGUAUGGAGUGAAUCGUCUGAUGGUUCUGGGGCGGUGAACUUUCUCACUGGUAUGGGAGGAUUCCUGCAGGCUGUUCUGUUUGGCUACACUGGAUUCAGAGUACAGAAGGAUUGUCUGGCCUUCGCCCCUUCCAUCCCUGAUGACAUCACUCAGCUGUGUAUCCGGGGGAUCAGUUACCUGGGCAACAAGAUGGACUGGCUGGUGAGGGGACAGGAAGUUUACAUCAUACUGAGAGAGGGAGCAAAGCAUGCUGGGAAUACCAAACCCUGCGCUCUGCAGGUGGUCCUCAAGAACUCCGGGACCAAGAUCCCUCUUAUACCAGGAAAACCAGUGACUUUCCCACGGGAGUCUGGAAUGAUCUGUAAAGUGGAUGGUGCCUUAUCCUGCUGGCCCAUGUGAGGACCAUCCCUGUCAAACCCCAUCGCCUUCUACCCACAGUGCCUUCUAUCUACUGUACCUUCCAUCUACAGUACCUUCCAUCUACAGUACCUUUUUACAGUACAGUACCUUCUAUAUACAGUACUUUCUAUAUACUGUACCUUUUUACAGUACAGUACUUUAUAUCUACUGUACCUUUUUACAGUACAGUACUUUCUAUCUACAGUACAGUACCUUCUAUCUACUGUACCUUCUAUCUACUGUAACUUCUAUCUACAGAACCUUCCAACUACUGUACCUUCCCUUCUAUCUACAGUGCCUUCUAUCUACAGUACAGUGCCUUCUAUCUACAGUACAGGGCAUUAUAUCUACAGUACCUUCUAUCUACAGUACAGUAUCUUCAAUCUACAGUGCCUUCUAUCUACAGUACAGUAUCUUCUAUCCACAGUACCUUCUAUCUACAGUGCCUUCUAUCUACAGUACCUUCUAUCUACAGUACAGUAUCUUCUAUCUACAGUACAGUACCUUCUAUCUACUGUACCUUUCUACAGGACAGCACCUUCUAUCUACUGUACAGUACAUUCUAUCUACAGUACCUUCUAUCUUCAGUACAGUGCCUUCUAUCUACAGUACCUUCUAAUUACAGUACAGUACCUUCUAUCCACAGUACCUUCUAUCCACAGUACCUUCUAUCUACUGUACCUUCUAAUUACAGUACAGUGCCUUCUAUCUACAGUACCUUCUAUCCACAGUGCCUUCUAUCUACAGUACCUUCUAUCUACAGUACCUUCUAUCCACAGUGCCUUCUAUCCACAGUGCCUUCUAUCCACAGUGCCUUCUAUCUACAGUACCUUCUAUCUACAGUACCUUCUAUCUACAGUACCUUCUAUCCACAGUACCUUCUAUCCACAGUACCUUCUAUCCACAGUACCUUCUAUCCACAGUGCCUUCUAUCCACAGUGCCUUCUAUCUACAGUACCUUCUAUCUACAGUACCUUCUAAUUACAGUACAGUGCCUUCUAUCUACAGUACCUUCUAAUUACAGUACAGUGCCUUCUAUCUACAGUACCUUCUAUCUACAGUGCCUUCUAUCAACAGUGCCUUCUAUCUACAGUACCUUCUAUCUACAGUGCCUUCUAUCUACAGUGCCUUCUAUCUACAGUGCCUUCUAUCUACAGUGCCUUCUAUCUACAGUACCUUCUAUCUACAGUACCUUCUAUCUACAGUGCCUUCUAUCUACAGUACCUUCUAUCUACAGUACCUUCUAUCUACAGUACCUUCUAAUUAUACAGUACAGUACCUUCUAAUUAUACAGUACAGUACCUUCAGAAAGUAUUCACAACCCCCUGACUUUUACCACAUUUUGUUGUGUUACAAAGUGGGAUUGAAUUGCCUUUUUUGUUGUUGUAAACGAUCUAUACAAAAUACUCAAAUAGAUUUAUGGAAAAUUAAACACUAAUGUAUCUUGACUAGAUAAGUAUUCAACAUCCUGAGUCAACACGUUACAAUCACCUUUGGCAGCAAUUAAAGCAGUGAGUCUUUCUGGGUAAAUUGGUAAAGCUUUGCACGUCUGGAUUGUACAAUAUUUUUCCAUUAUUCUUCCAAAAAUUCUUCAUGCGUUGUCAAUUUAGUUGUUAAUCAUUGCUAGACUGCCAUUUUCAAGUCUUGCCAUAGAUUUUCAAGUAAGUCAAAACUGUAACUAGGCCACUCAGUAACAUUCAAUGUGCUCUUGGUAAGCAACUCCGGUGUAUAUUUGCAGACUGAACCAAGUUUUCCUCUAGGAUUUUGCCGGGGGCUUAGCUCUAUUACGUUUCUUUUUAUCCUGAAAAACUCCCUAGUCCUUGCCGAUGACAAGCAUAUCCAUAACAUGAUGCAGCCACCACCAUGCUUGAAAAUAUGAAGAGUGGUACUCAGUGUUGUGUUGGAUUUGGAUAAUUUCUGUGCCACAUAAUUUUUUGCAGUAUUGCUUUAUUGCCUUGUUUGCAAACAGCAUGCAUGUUUUGGAAAAUGUUUAUUCUGUACAGGUUUCCUUCUUUUCAUUCUGUAAUUUAUGUUAGUAUUGUGGAAUAACUACAAAGUUGUUGAUCCAUCCUCAGUUUUCUCCUAUCACAGUCAUUAAACUCUGUAACUGUUUUAAAGUCACCAUUGGCCUCAUGGUGAAAUCCCUGAACGGUUUCCUUCCUCUCUGGCAACUGAGUUAGGAAGGACACCUGUAUCUCUGUAGUGACUGGGUGUAUAGAUACACCAUCCAAAGUGUAAUUAAUAACUUCACCAUGCUCAAAGGGAUAUUCAGUGUCUGCUUCUUCUUUUUUUACCCAUCUGCCAAUAGGUGCCCUUCUUUGCGAACCAUUGGAAAACCUCCCUGGUAACAUAAUUCCACUUUGACAUUACGGAGGAUUGUGUGUAGAUCAGUGACACAAAAUCUCAAUUUAUUUCAUUUUAAAUCCAGGGUGUAACACAACAAAAUGUGGGAAAGGUCAAGAGGUGUGAAUACUUCCUGAAGGCCCUGAACCUAUAUGUCGUUAUGUGAGUCCCAAAUGGCAUCCUAUUCCCUUUUAUAAAGUAAGUAGCCUUGUCUGAACCAGAAUGUCCCAUAGGGCAGGAGCCUGUCUCCUGUUUCUGUAGCGUGAGCCAGCUUGAUGUACAACUCCACCCCCGUGAGGCAGCUUGAUGUACAACUCCACCCCCUGGAAAGGACGCUAUAGCCUAUCGCAGCGCCCAUAGCCCAAAGUAACGCACAAUAGACUGCCAUUUGGGGCUCAUUGUUAUUCCUGGUUUAUUCAUGCACUGGAAAUUAUUUUCUGUGUAUAAGAAGGAUUUAAUCUAUUGUGCUUUAACCAUGUAUUUAGUGUGACUUGAUUUGUCAGUCACAUCUCAGUAAAUGUACUGUAUGUUUGUAGAGAUGGAUCAAGUGCCUUUUUAUACUGAUACUUAAAGCUGCAAUAAAAUAUACAUUUGGAAUGAGAA